CGUCUAAAGUUGAGCAAACAGAGAGAAUAUAAUUAGUUAUAUCAUCUAUAUUAAUAUAUGAGUUGAGUCAUGUCUGCUGUCCAAAGGUACAGAAGCUUCUCGUUCAGGUCCUGGGAGGAAGAGAACAGGACAGUGACAAUGUUUGAAGUGUUUAACGGGACGAUGAGAGAGAAGAUCGUGCUACAGCGGCUGAUAGUGAUUGCUCGGCUCCCCCACCAUCUCGCUGACAGGACAGAACUGGGAGCUCAUUAUGAAAAACUCCACUUUCAGUUAAGCAAGGAGUACAUGCGGGAUCAUAUGACCGGCCUGCUGUUAAUUUAUCCAUCCUGCCUGCUGCAUAUCAUUGAAUCGUCCAGGGAGGUUCUGAUUUCUGUUUUAAAAGAUCUUCAAGAGAUCCAACAGCAGCCAGACUGCUCCUUGCUGGAAGCUCCCAAGGUUGUGUUCAUGGCACACAACCAUCAAAGCAGGCUGUUCCAACAGUGGAGCUACAAGGUGCUCAGUGAAGAUCAGGCUGCCGGGGACACUGGGGCUAAGAGACCUGAGGAGGAAGAGGAAGCGAGCACAGAGACUCUGGUUUGCACUGUCCUGUCAGCACUGCAGAAACUGGGUGAAACGUCUAGGGCUCUUCCUGGGUUAGUGCUGGAUGAGACUCCGGAGCUGAUCGUCUCUCAGGAGGUCCUCGAGGAGCUUUGGGCUCGAGAUGAGCUCCAGACUCCACAACAACACCUACAGAUGUACAACUCACCGUUAAACAUCAGCAUGGACUUUGGACAAGUUAUUCGAAGCAGCUGCCUCACCACAGUUUAACUUAUUGGACAAAAGGUCAAAGGUAAGGACUCAUUGUGCGUCUGUGUCCAG